AUCGCUUGUCAUCAGCUAGGUCCAUUUUGAGCCUUGAUCAUGAGAGAGUUGGCAAUCGUUUGGGAAUCAGGGGAGUCGGCAGUGACUGCGGCUAGAAGCGAUGGAUGGGAGUGUACCACAGGUGGUUGUAAAAUGGUUGGGACACGGCUGGCACCAAAGAUCGGGCGGAGGGUUCGACUACCGCCGCCACUGGCUGUCGGGGCAAGGUCGGGAGCUAACCCGGAAGUGAUCUUAGUACUGUACUGUCACUGUAGCUGCCAUCAUUUGGUUCGUACCUGACGCACUGUGCAAGACCCGGAUUCAGAGGUCAAACAUCGCCAUGUCAUCCGAAGAGCCAGAAUGGGUGCUGUACUACUGGGGAUGUCCGCCAGGGGUGAAACCAUUUCCGGGGAGAGGGGAGUUCGUCAGACUCAUCUUUGAGGAGGCUGGCGUCAAGUUUAGAGAGGUCAACGACUUUGAGGUCCUAAAGAAGCUGUUUUUCACUGAAAAACAAAAAGGAUUCUACGCCUUUGCCCCGCCCAUGAUUCAGAGAGGAAAGUUCCGGUUGUCCCAGACGUCGGUUAUCUGUAGUUAUUUGGGGAAGCAGUUCGGUCUGUGGCCAGAGUCUGAGGAAGACCAGUGGCGCGCUCAGCAGCUGAACAUUACCAUUCACGACUUCAUAGCCGAAGGACGCCUGGCUUUCCACGGUCGGAACCCUGUGGAAUCUUACUAUACGCAGAAGGAGGAGACUCAGCCUUACAUCGACAGGUUCGUGGCCACCCGCCUGCCGCGCUGGCUUACGCAUCUAGAGACAGCUCUGAAAGCCAACAAUGACGGACAAGGGUUCGUGAUAGGUGGCAAGCUGACAUAUGUGGACCUGGGUCUGCUGCACGUCCUGCGGGCUACAGAGUCACAGUUCCCCCAGGCCUGGGCGUCCAACGACUCCAUUCCCCUCCUCAAAGCCUUCAAGGCCCGCCUGUCCGCCCGACCCAACCUGGCGGCAUACUUUAAUUCCGACAGGUGCGUUCCUUUUGAAGGAAACAGCAUGAUGUGAAGACGAAUCUUCAAAUCGCGCACAUUUUACUCCACGUUUUAUAAAAGGGAAACAUACUGUUUUUGCUUCGUGUCUCUUCCUCGUCUCCUUUCGUUACAAGCGAAUAUUGUCAAUGACCUUGACCAGACGGCUGACGCCAUGGUUACUGGUUAAGUAGCAGUCUGUGGCCUUCGACAAUAUAAUGUGCAUGUAGCAAGUGGCAGGAUAGAGCUGGAGGGGCUGGUCAUCGUAUAUAUGAAUGUGUUUGAGUUAGAAUGAGCAGAAUAGUAGUUUGUUAGGCUAUGUGAAGGUAACAUCAUGUAGUAGGUCGCAAAUGUUAGCUUUCUAGUGUAACAGUCGUCAACCGGCGUUAUAUCACAGCUAGAUUCCCGCAUUUUGUGAUUGUGCUAUUGCAAAUUUCUAGGGCCAACAUGUGUACACACUCGACGGACACGGUGUGUUUUCAAGCUAGCUACAGUCGCUUAUGUGUGCCGUUCCUUUAUUUUUGAAGCAAGAAAAUAAAUAUCUAAAUAGUU